UGCACGCAGCCCUAUGGAAAGCAUUACGAGCAGAGUGAAAGAAAUAGGCGAGAGGUUCUGUCGCAGCUACACUCAGUCAACAGAUGAACAGCCAGGAUCUCAUAUAGAUUUUGCUAUAAACAGAUUAAAACUGGCAGAGAUCUUGUACUAUAAAGUCUUGGAGACUAUAAUGGUGCAAGAAACACGAAGACUGCACGGGAAAGAUCUGACUGCUCUUCUGGAACAAGAUGUCUUUCACCGUUCUCUCAUGGCGUGCUGCUUGGAGAUUGUGCUUUUUGCAUACAGCUCCCCCCGUACCUUUCCCUGGAUCAUUGAAGUUCUUGACCUCAGGCCAUUCUAUUUCUAUAAGGUAAUUGAAGUACUGAUUCGGUCUGAGGAAGGACUUUCCAGAGACAUGGUGAAGCACCUCAACAGCAUUGAGGAACAAAUUCUUGAGAGUCUCGCCUGGACUCGGGAUUCGGCACUCUGGAAUGCCCUUCAGGCCUCAGAAAACAAGGUCCCAACCUGUGAAGAAGUAAUAUUUCCCAACAAUUUUGAAGCAAGCAAUGGAGGAAGUGGGCUUGGGCAUUUGUCUAUCAUGCCAAUAUCUCCUAUAAUUCAUCCUCGAGUAAAAGAGGUUCGGACAGAUCUUGGUGGGAGUUCAAAGCGGGACAUGCAGCCGCUGUCACCAAUCUCUGUUCAUGAGCGCUACAGUUCUCCUACAGCUGGAAGUGCCAAGAGAAGGCUCUUCGGAGAUGACAACCCCAAAGAAAUGCAAAUGGAAAAAAUUUUAACUGAAGGAACCAAGUUGACAAUCGCUCCAGCAUCAGGCGUUGCUGCUGAAAAAGGGUCGGUUUCUGCUGGCCAAACAAUACUGACCAUGACAGCAGCUACAGUACCGGGAAAAACGGGACAGAAGGUGACUGUCCCACUGCACGGCAUUGCGAAUGAAAUCAGUGGGAUCACACUGAUACCCAUUUCGAUGAAUUUAGGUCAGCCGUGUAAGCUGGAGGCUCCAGUUCCCUGCCGCCCUUCAGUGAGUCAGGUGCAGGAAACGCAUCUGGCAUCAGCGAGCAAACAAAAGAAAAUGGGAUCCUUGGCCCUGUUUUACAGAAAGGUUUAUCAUCUGGCAAGUGUGCGCUUGCGUGAUCUGUGCUUAAAACUGGAUGUUUCCAAUGACUUGCGCAGGAAGAUAUGGACAUGCUUUGAAUUCACAUUGGUUCAUUGUGCUGACCUAAUGAAGGACAGACAUUUGGACCAGCUCCUCCUCUGUGCCUUUUAUAUCAUGGCAAAGGUAACCAAAGAGGAAAGAACUUUUCAGGACAUAAUGAAAAGUUACAGAAAUCAGCCACAAGCCAACAGCCAUGUGUACAGGAGUGUCUUACUGAGAAAUAUUUCUGCUGAUGUCCUGUUGGACAAAAAUGCAAAUCAAGAUGUAGAGAUGACAGAAGACUCGUCUGUGGAAACUGGCAGUUCCUUGGGACGAUCCUCAGCAGAGAACUCCAGUGAGUUGGGAACAGAGGAGAGAGGGGAUCUUAUUAAAUUUUACAAUGCAGUCUAUGUAGGAAGAGUGAAAUCAUUUGCACUGAAGUACGAUAUCACAAACCAGGAUCACAUAAUGGAAGCCCCUCCUCUGUCUCCGUUCCCAAGCAUUAAGCAGCAGCCAGCGUCUCCGCGGCGGAUUUCACAGCAGCACUCUGUUUACGUUUCGCCUCACAAGAAUGGUGCCUGCUUGACACCUCGAACUGCGCUACUCUAUAAAUUUAAUGGGAGCCCUUCCAAGAGUUUGAAGGACAUCAACAAUAUGAUAAAACAAGGUGAACACAAAAGUAAGAAACGAGCGAUAACAAUUGAUAGUGACACUGAAUCCCCUACGAAGCGAAUCUGCCAGGAAAAUGAUGAUGUUCUACUUAAACGUCUCCAGGAUGUUGUCAGUGAAAGAGCAAAUCACUAAAACUGCCAGUUUUCUAUGGGAUCUAAAAGCUCUGAAUUUGGAUACAGCUGUUGCGCUAUUUAUUUCUUGCUUUUGUAUACAGACAACUGCCAAGUUUUUUUUUAACAUUCGUUAACAUUGAAUGUUUUCCCAACUUCCACAGGAUGCAAAAAGUGAGUAGUAAACACUAGAGAAGGAGAGGAGGUAAUGAUUGUCGUUCCCAAAGGCCACGCUGGGCUAGAAGUUACUCCGUUUGAGCUGAUUUAGCAAGAGUGUUCUGUAGAAAGCCAUAUUGGAUGUUCUCAAGCCUAAUGUAGAGCAUCAUGAGUUCUGAGCGUAACUCGGCUUCUGGUAAUAUUGGUCUUAUUUUUGGAAUAAGAAUUAUAAGGAAAUGAGUGAAGUCAGUUAAGUUUCCUCAAGCUUUUGGUAUUUGGGGAAGAAACUUUAAAAAUUUUAAAAAGUGCCUUAUUUUAAAAGAAUGUGGAAUUUUAUGUAUUAUUUUACUGUGGAGUAACUGGAGCAGAGAACAAAUUGAUCAUUUAGCCUGAGGAGGAGCUGAGCAGUUUAGAACUGUAUGAUUUGUGCUGUGCUCCAUCUCCGGUCAGAACGACAGUGACAGUGUGUGUUGCGAUCGGACAGCUUUUGCGGUAACAAAGGCAAUAAUGAAAAAGUACAAAUGGCAGAGACUUAAACUGGACACUGACAUCUGAUAAAACGCCAAGGUACAGCUCAGUGAGUCUGAAUUGCCAUUCUCUCGAGCCCGCAAAUGGGGCCACGGGAGCCAGAGCUGCAGAGGCCGUUUCUGCAAGCUGCAGUGUUCCUGGAAAGUGCCAGCUGAGGCUUUGGCCAUUUUAUAGCGGUUCAAAUGCACACAUUCAUUUAACAAAUUAUAUCUCUUCAUUUUAUUUUUUCCUGAAGAUCUUAGCCUCUUGUGUAGUAUCUACACUGCAUGUAAGCCCAUCAGAUAAGGCAUGUUUGUAUAUAUGGGAUUUUUAUAGCUAUUAAUGGCUUGGAUUCAUUGGAAAUGUGUCAAUUCCAGCAUCCAAUUAUUGUAAUGAAGUUUUUAAUGCUGAGGGAUUUGUUAGGGUUUAAUUUACCAAAAUGGAGAAAAGUCACGGUUUAUUCAUUACUGUAAAUCAGUAGCUUGAUCUUAUUUUUAUAAUUGCAUUUAAGAUUAGAGCCAUAGAGAAACUUCUCAGCACUGUAUUUUUCAGUUUAUGUGUAUAUUGAACUGGGAAAAAAAAAAACCUGAAUGAUUACAUAGAACUUGUUUAAGGAGCUCUGUUGACUUAGUUGUUUGGUUUGUUUAAUAUAUGCCUCAUAUAUCUGCAGUUCUUCCAGGGAAGAACGCUGCAAUGGUUUCAAGCAGUCUCAGCUAAUGAAUCAGGCCAGCAAUUAAGGCGGAAAAAAGUAUUUAAAAGUGUUUAUGUGCAGGGACCCUACUCAGCAUUGAGUAGAAAGUUUCUGAACUCUUCUUGGUUUUGAAUUUUUAACUACUUAAAUAUUGGUUUGGUUUUUUUUUUUUUACUUUCCAUAUUUCUGAAAGGUUUGACUGUAGAGAACAGCAGUAUGAGGAAAUGGCUGCGCAGUGGACUAGGUUUCACAUAAAUUCUUCUGUUUAGUUCCUUUAAUUUUAUUCAAUUUUUAAUAUUUGUCUUCUGAUCUUGAAAUAAAAAGUGUAAGGGAAACAAGCUUUCUCUCUUGAUCUGCUCAUCAUGCUGUUACAGCUACAGCCAUUCAAUGUACGUACACCAGGCCUUACAAGCCCCCUGUGUUGGGGGAAGUGGGGAACUUUGAAUUAGGGUUCGGCAGAGUCUGCUCUAUUUGCCUGGAGAAUCGUAGCCAAAAGGGUGGGAAAUGUUGGGCUUAAUAGCAUAGGUCUGUCAGUGAUACUGUAUGACAAAUUUAGUUGAUGUGGUUUUAAUUCAACAUCAUGUGCCGAUCCCUCUUUAUGUAUCUGCUUCCUACACUGUUACUGUAUUCUCUGAAACUGCAGAAGCUGGGGCUAAAAUCCUCAUUAGUUGUCAUUAGGUGUAGUGUUUUUUUUUUCAUUAGAACAAUGUACUACAACUGCCUGCAGUUAAGGUUUUUCACCUUUUUAGGUGAUGAUAGAAAAAAUACAUUUGGACUUGUUCAACAGCUAAAACAAUAGCUUGUAUGAAAAUCUUGUAAUGGUUUCAAAGUGCCUUUACUUGUAAAUCUGUAUUUUGUAAUAAACAAUUUGAAAGUAUUUUAA